GGAUCCACAUUAGCCAGAUGCACAAGGGCACCAGAGGACAGCCAUGAGGCGUGGGCACACUGCAAGGAUGUUGGCUGGCCUGAGUACAAAUUGGUGAUAGUUGGUGCAAGUAGUGUAAGCAAGAGUGCACUAAUGAUCCAGGCGACUCACCAGCACUUUGUGAAAGAACAUGACCCCACCAUCCAGGAUUCCUACUGCAAGGAAUUGGCCUUGGACAAUGGAAGGUACAUUCUGAAUGUGCUGAACUUGGCUGGGCAGGAUAUUCAAACAGCCUUGUGUGACCAGUGCUUGGCACUGGGCAAUGGUAUGCUUGGUGUCUUUGCUCUCAGUGACCCCUCAUCUCUGAACCAGAUGCAGCAGAUGUGGGCCACCUGGUGCCCUCACCACAACCAGCCUCUGGUCCUGGCGAGUAACAAGUGUGAUCUGGUGUCCACCACUGGAGAUACUCAUGAUGUUCCGCAGUCUUCACCCAUAGGUGUUGGGAUCCCCUUCAUGAAGACCUCAACCAAGGCACAACAAGGUGUGGAAGAAGUUACUCUGCUCACCCAUGACAUUCAGAGUGCUCAGGUGGCCAUGACUGGGCCAGGUGAGCAGGACCAGCCCCAGCAGGCCAUGUGUAGCUGUGGGCUGUUCUGUGGCCUGAAAGUAUUGAUCAAGAAGUGA